AUGCUUCGGGGGAAAGCUAUCAAAGGCGUGGCAGCUGGGAUUGGUCUCGCAUCAGAAAGUAUUUCAGCAUACAAGGCAAACAGGCGCGAGAAGAAGGCCCAAAGCCCCGGUGACCCAGAGAGUAACAAUGCGAACACAACGACAACGGACGACGACCUCGCUCGCCAUGAACAAGUAGUUGAGGAGCAACAUGAAGAAGAGUGGGAACUUGACGAAAUACAAGACGAAUUGAACGGCACUCCAGAGGCAGACAAAGCCGUCACAAAUCAAACGCCUGAACAGCUAGCUGAGUCGUUUCUCCAAAAAUAUCCACAGCCACCACCAUAUACGCCAACGUCCAAUCCAAGACUCCCAUAUCCGGUGGUUCUUCCACAGCGACGGCCCAAAUCGCGGAAGCGAGGGUUCAUCAGAGCGUAUGCUCCUGCGCUGGAAGAAUUCGGCAUUGACCAGGCCAUGUUCCUUGACUUCUUGGAAACGUCCAAUCGUGCCUGUCAGGCGACUCCGUGGUUACAUGCGAUCAACCUGGCAGGAAUCGGCACUAUGUUUUUGCCUAGUGCGAUUGGAAUGGCGGUUAGUGUAGCAAUCCAGCUGACAACUGAUGUUGCGAUAGCAAUGGACGCAAGAAGAAAGACAAAUUCAUAUUUUGACAAAAUCAACGAAGAGAUGUUCCGCCCUCGUGGUCUCUACUGUCUCCUCAUGACAUGGAAGCCAGAAUCCUCAUCAACGGUCGCCAGCUUUGAUCUUAAUUCAACAGUUGCUACGUCACUUGACCGCGGUGGGUCAGGGACGUUCAAUAAAAUGAAACACAUGUUCAAAUCGUCGCACGGCAACACUUACGGGGAUAUGCCAUUCCCAGAAACCGCCCCUCUCAUCUUCCCCGAUCUCGACGAAUUGGCUGCACAGGGUGCUGAUGGCGAGGCCAAAAUAAAGAGAGCGAAGUCGUCGCGCCGAGAGUUUGUAGCAGAUUAUCUGGAUCGGAGGUCACGGGCUGAAUUUGAAAUGGAACAUCCCGACAAUGCUUUGAAUAAAGCACCAAAGCCUCAAUUCACUUCUCGCUAUGCUGAUCCAAGUCAUCCAGCUAGUAGUGGAUCAGGUCUUGGACUAAUUACUGGCGGAUAUAUUACCGGUGAUCAACUAAGGGACCUUCGGGGCGGUCGGCGACGAGGCAGGCUAGGCCGCGGCCAGGAAUAUGAACCACGGGGUAUACGAGAGCGUCCCAUUGGGCCCGUGGGAGCUCUAGCAGCUACUGUACGCUCUGUUAGAACUGGGCGGUCGUCGGUUGAGCCUCACCAGGAUUCUGGGGAAGGACCUCACGAUGAAGAAUCUCGCAGACGAUCUGGCGGCCGUGUAGGUACUCGUAACCCGCGUGAGCGGCUGCAAAACCGAGGGGGUCCCAUUGGCGGUAUACAGAAGUUUCUGAAGAGUAACGUUCUGUACAUGAUGAUCGUCAACCUACCGACAGAAGAGGAGAUGGCGCAGGCCCGAGCCGCCUUGCGGUCGUAG